AUGGAAUCCUCCGAUUUGACCACACAAAGCACCCAAAAGCCUGGUGACUCUCCUCUCUCACACAGUCCUUCAUCCCCUCGUUCGUCUCGAGGAGAGCCACACCGCAUGUCUUCUCCGAGCGCAGAGCAAGGGCCGGCUGCGACACCUAGUCACGGCGGCCAAUCCUACCCAUUCAAUGAAUGCACGCCCAUCGUGUCGAACAGCGAUUCAUCCCGGCGAAAUUAUCGAUCCACGGAUGGACUCAGGAACCGCGAAACGGGGUCCGUGAAUAGCCAUGCCGGGAUCCAGGAACGGCGAGAUGCAAGACCAACCGAUCAACAGGCCCCCCAGUCAGAUGCGGAGGAGCCGCACGCCUCCUGGUACCGGCGAGUGGCCGAGAAGUACGGCAGCUUAGAGCUAGAAAAUAAGGGCAGUGUUGCCCGAGAUCAUCUUGCUUUGGAGCGUACAUUCCUUGCCUGGCUGAGAACUUCGCUGGCGUUUGCAUCCAUUGGAAUAGCUGUAACCCAGCUGUUCCGUUUGAACAACACGGGGAACGUGACUGGGGUGGAUCCGUCGUCCCAAAGUCUUAAUAUCGAUCCCGCCAGUGUCGCUAUAUCAUCCGCCGCUCAGCGGCUCCGCAGCAUCGGGAAGCCGCUAGGAACCACAUUUAUCGGCGUUGCCAUUCUCAUCCUCCUGGUUGGCUUUCACCGCUAUUUUGAGAGCCAGUACUGGAUCAUCCGGGGCAAGUUCCCCGCCAGUCGUGGCAGCGUUGGGCUGAUCGCCAUCGUCGCUGCUGCGUUAAUAGUAGCUACUCUGGUAGUCAUUCUUGCGAUCUCUCCUGGCGCUGUCGAAGCAUAG